AUGACUAAAUGGAAGCCGCGCAAACGGAAGGAAGAACGCUUCUACUUGAUUCUACCCUACGACGACUUACUGGAGACGGUACCCUUUGCAGGUGAAUUACGGAAACACGCUUUACCUCUAUUACCAAAGCUCGUUCGAGACACGGUCCGAGGCCCGCAAAUAGUCAAGAAAUUAUGCCCUCCAUUGUGGACUAAAUUACUGAACUCGCGAAGAUUGGCCGAGGAGUGCACGCGCGUGGCGACUGCUGCAUUUACAGGACCGUGCCCCUGCUGCCGAUUUCCCGAUGCCUCGCGUAGAGCCACGAAGGGCUGCGCCGAGCCGCACGUCGCCACCAUCGACCCGACAAUUUUAAGGUCACCGGUAAUGAACGGAAUCUUCGGCAUGGGCGCGGAAGGGGAUUCACUUCCUCCCAAGAAACUGGCUAUUAAAACACUAAGUAGCGCAACUUACAUCUAA